AUGCGAGGAGUCGGCGCUCACCCCGACGACGACGUGCGAGGCGCACAAGACCGAGGCGUGCCGGACAGCUUAGACCCCUGCGGGAGAUGUGGAGAAGCGGUCAGGUUCAUGGAGUUCGGGAACAACCAGUUUUACGGGUGCAGCAGCCACCCUCUGUGCAAGGCGACCAGAAAGAGCCGCAAGAACGGCGCCGUGGUCGAACUCAUAGCAGAGGAGACGCGGCCGGAUGCCGACGCCGCAUCUUCAUCCGGCGAAGGUCUUUCCUCGGUCUUGGAAGAGGCGGAUCCGACCGGAAUCAACAGGUGCCAUCUAUGCGUCAAGGUACGCGGUGGGCACAUCGGAGGGGCUGCGCAGGCGGCGUGGCAGUUGCUCCGUAGGAACGGCAUCGUGCCGACGAGGGAACACGGGGGCGCCGCCAAUGGCGGCGGAGGCGGUAUCAGCAACAGCGGGACCAACGCCGGCGGUGUGAGCGGGGCGGCGACGGUGGGGACAGAAGAUCUGAAGGCUGUGCUGGAGUUGGGCGCGAGGGAUGCCGUUCGACGGCUGCUGAACCAGGAGAGGAUGUCCUACCGAGACGUCCCUCAGACCACCUACAGCCGCCUCAUGGCCUCCGAAGCGGGAAAGAAGCCGCCGUCCCCUUCUCAGGCGAGGUCGGGCAAGGGCUGGGCGAGCAAGGACGCGGCGGGUCGCCUCGAGCCGCGAGAGCCCUGUGAGGUGCUGCUGUACACCCUCCCCGCCGGGCUGAGAGAGACCCUGCUGCCCUUCCAGCGAGACGGCGUGCUGUACGGCCUGAGGAGGAGAGGGCGGUGCCUCAUCGCGGACGAGAUGGGCACCGGGAAGACUCUGCAAGCGUUGGGCGUGAUGGGCUGCUACAGGGAGGACUGGCCUUUGCUCAUCGUGGCCCCUGCCAGCAUGCGCCUCAUGUGGGCUGAGGAGGUGGAGCGGUGGUACCCCUUUCUAGCCCCAUCCGAGAUUCAUCUCAUCAAGGGAAACAAGGACAAGCUCUACCUCACCAAUGUCAGCAGGCACCUGUGGCCACGCGUCGUGGUGGUGUCGUACUUCAUGCUGAGGAUGCUGUCCGCCAGCGUUGGGAAGGGGGAUUGGAAGGCGGUGAUCUUCGACGAGAGCCACAUGAUCUCCACCAGCCUCGGCGGCGAGAGCGCGCAGUCGCAGCAGGUGACGGUGUGCAGGCAAGUGGCCGGAAGGGCUAAGAGGGUGGUCAUGCUCUCCGGAACUCCUUCUCUAUCCAAGCCCUUCGACCUCUUCAACCAGGUUGAGGCGCUUUCCCCGGGGCUGCUGGGCCGUGCACCCCUGCUCAAGGCAAAGCAAGGCUUCGCGGCCAGCUACUGCGGGGGAACCAUGAGGGGGCAGAUGUCGAGGGGCGGGCACGUGAACCGCGUGCCGUUCAUCAGCGGCAGCGAGUAUCCCGACGAGCUGCACCUGCUGCUGAGGAACGAGGUCAUGAUCAGGCGGCUCAAGGCCAACGUCGUGAACCAGCUCCCUCCUCUCAGGCAAGCCAGUUUUUUUCUUUUUUUUCUCUCUUAACGCGUCGUUUUGUUUUCUUCGUUCUCGUUUUUGAAGGCUCCAUGGCCUGUUGUUCUCAAGGCCAUCGUCGAAAGCGGCUCCUUCCUCUCAGGCAAGCAAGGUUUUUGUUUUUUGUUCUUCUCUUAGCGCGUCGUUUUGUUUUCUUCGUUCUCGUUUUCAAGGCUCCAAAACCUGUUGUGCUUAAAGCCAUCGUCGAAAGCGGCUCCUUCCUCUCGGGCUACUGGCGUGCCGCUCCGGAUGUAGUACGCGGUCCUGAUCACGCCGCGACCAUUGCUUUGCUAUUAUUACACCUGCCUUGAUUUGUCACCAUUUCCGCCACGUUGUGUCUUUAAAACUCUCAGAAGGAUCGUGGUCCGAGUGGGAGAGAGCGGGGAGGCUCUGAAACGGGCGCUGAAAGAAGGUGCGUAUAUCUUACUCUUUUUUGAGAACCAGAAACUGGUACCAAUUCGCACUCGGUGCCGGCUUCACUUUCGUAACACUUGGUAUUCUGCUCUGCUACUUGUUCGGUAAGCACAGCAGUAUUUCUUGUCUUUUUCCACCGCAAGGGCGCAUGCACUCGUCCCUCUAGGUCACGUUCACUGCUAUGCUCCAACCCCUGAGGUAAGUUUCGUCCGUUCGUGUGAGAACACCGUCAGCUCCACCCUCCUGCUUGCGUGUAUGUGUGGCGUGUGUCAUGACAUUUUGUAGCGUAGGGAUGCAUGCCAUCGUCAUGUUCCGGGAAACCCUGUCG